AUGUCAAGUCAAAACCAUCCUACAGAUCAUCAAAACAUGCACUCUACAAUACAUUCAAAUCAUCAUGAUCAUAUGUCAAUGAAUAUGCCUAUGACGUUUCACUGUUUCAAAAACACGACAUUGUUUAUAAAAGGAUGGGUUCCUAAUAAUAAAUUGCAGUAUUGGUUAACAAUUACUUUUAUCAUUUUUCUUGGUAUUAUUUAUAGAAUGCUUUCAACAUAUAAAUUGUAUUGGGAAUAUAAGCAACGAGCGAUUUAUCUUAGUCAGCAAAAACAUUCAAACACAUGUACUUGUUCUGUUUCUAUAGAGCCUACAAGUCAACAUUCAGAGUUUAAAUUCGAUAGAAAAUUAAUCAAAAAUAUUUUACCACCAUUUAAAUAUAAAACUAGUUUUUUUAGAGGGUUUCUGCAGCUUUUAAUAUGUCUUUUUUCGUAUCUCUUAAUGAUUAUUGUGAUGACGAUGAAUAUUGGGUAUUUCAUCGCAACAUUGAUUGGAAUUUUUAUUGGAGAAAUUAUCUUAUCACAGUACAAUUAUUGUUAUGUCAAUUCUUGCGAUAUGUGUUAA